AUCAUCAUCAUCAUCAUCAUCAUCAUCAUCAUCAUCACCAGCAUCGUCAUUUACUAAACUGUUCUCGAGUUGAUGUUAGACACAGACAACUGGUUGAUGCAGAGACAAAAAGCUACACCUGUCAAAUAUUGAAAAGGAUGUGGAAUAUAAUUGAGUACAUAAUGAUACAUAUGUAACACAUUUCGUUUUACAAUUGAACAUCACAUUAUUUUUGGAUUUAUCAAACUUUUAAAUAAUGACUCUGUUUUUUUGUUGUUGUUGUUUUUUUAAAAAGAGGUUCUUUGUAAUCAGUAAUUCCUACUUUGGAUUGACAGGCAUAUAUUUAUAGUAGCAUGUUCGGUCGUGUUCUGUAAGCAGUGGUGAAGCAGUUAAUGUACUAUUGUAGCUGUAAGUUUAAAAAUAACUGUGCAGAUUUUAAUUGAUUUUCACACCAAGACUUCUAGCCCAGUCUGACGUUUAAAGUGGUGUUUAAAUUUCAAUUCAAAAGAAAGUUCAGGAGGAACAGAGAAUGAUUUGUAAUGUUUCAUAAGAUGAGGGACGGUAUAGUGAUUCAGAGAUUGUGGGAAUUUGCUGUGCGGAGGUUUGGAUGCAGAACUUGAUGUGCAGAGUACAUGCCAGUCGGCGCUGGUCUCCCUCUUCCUCUUCCUCCUCCCUCCUCCUUCCUUCUUAGUCAGAUGGGGGUGGCAGGAAGCCAGGGAGCAGGUGCAGCUCUGUCUGUAAAUGGUCUCAGGCAACGUCAUGUGACACAACAGCAGUACCGAGCAACAACACCACUCCAGGAAAAUGGUGGCAGGUUUUGGGUACAGACAGGCACAGACAGAGGAAUAGCCAGUGACAUAGUCAAUGAUAAAGACGAAUCGGCAAGAUGCUCUGCUCUAGUUUCUCUAUUAUCAUUUGAGAAGAAAAGGAAUGAUUUAGCAAACGGAACACAGGCGCAUGAGAGGUUAAAAAGCUGAUUUGCAUCGACAAAAGCAGCCCUCUCUCUCUGGAAGACCACUACCAGAGUACGGAGACAUGGAUCCAUCUUGUGGUCUGACCGAUGAUGGAGUCUGCCCUCCUAGCUCCCUGACUGUGAGCCCACCUGGAGGAGGAGGUGGCAGUGGCGGUGUGUCUUCAUCCCAUCGUAAACGACGUACACUGAUUGCUCCGGAUAUGAACCUGUCUUUGGAUCAAAGUGAAGGUUCCUUGCUGUCCGAUGACUUCCUGGACACACCUGACGACCUAGACAUCAAUGUUGAUGACAUUGAUACACCAGAUGAAACAGACUCACUGGAGUUUAUCACCAAUGGCAACGACCUGGAGUGGGAGGAUGAUACGCCCGUGGCCUCGGCCAAAGCGGGUCCUGGUAACGGUUCAGGGGAAGUUGGUGAGGAUGGGAAUUCAAACAAUGGGCGUCUCUGGAGAACGGUGAUCAUCGGAGAGCAGGAGCAUCGUAUAGACAUGCAGGUCAUCAGACCUUACCUCCGGGUCAUCACACACGGAGGUUACUAUGGAGAAGGCCUGAACGCCAUCAUCGUGUUCUCUGCGUGUUACCUGCCUGAGAGCAGCUGUGCAGACUACCAAUACAUCAUGGAAAACCUCUUCCUGUAUGUGGUGAGCAGUCUGGAGAUGCUUGUGGCCGAAGAUUACCUGAUCAUCUACAUGAACGGAGCCACUCCUCGGAGCAAGAUGCCUGGCAUCAGCUGGCUCAAGAAAUGCUACCAAAUGAUUGACAGAAGACUGAGAAAGAACCUGAAGUCUCUAGUCAUCGCUCAUCCCACAUGGUUCAUACGCACAGUCCUGGCUAUAUCAAGGCCAUUCAUCAGUGUGAAGUUCAUGAAUAAGAUCCAGUACGUCCACAGUCUGGAUGAGUUAGCAGAGAUUGUUCCCAUGGAGCACGUCCAUGUUCCUGAGUGUGUGGUGCAAUUUGAUGAGGAGAGGAUUAAAGCCCGGAGGGAAAGGAUGGAGCAGGAGCAGAGACAGCAGGAGCAGCAUUCAGUCCCACAGGAGCCAAUUAAAAAGUCUGAGCGGCCAAAAUCAAUGAUUGUGAAUCAAGGAUUAUGAGGACUGAGUUUUGGCGGUGAAGAGUGUGACAGAAGUGCGGAGCAUGGCAACUUUGAGAAGCAGGGAUCUAUCCAGUCAACACAUGCUUCCUUGUUUUAUCGACAUCCAGCUGAUGAUUCGAAAGAAUUCACCGUCCCACAGCAGUUUCCGCGUCCGGAAAUCUCUCCUUAAUUUAUAUCCCAACUUGAAAAUGUACGAAGGACGUAGCUGCUCUGUUACAAGAACUGUUUUUUACCGGAAGCUGUCGCAGAGUUCCUUCAUCCAUUAACCUGAUGCCUAUUAUGUAGCUCAUAAUGAUGUUUUAUCAAGAUGAAAUACAAAAAUUACAGGCUUGGCUUUUGGUGGAAAAUAAUAAAUCAGCCAGAUGAACUGCAAAAUGCACAUAAAACUGAGGGUGUUUAUAUGAGUUUAUGAAAAGAUUACAUAAUUUACAGUGCAUUCACCCGAGAGAUUUCAUCUUGGCAGGUCUGGAGAUUAUGUGUAACAGGAAGGUCACUGUUGCUUUGGUCAACAUGAUAACGUCAUGUGAAUCAAUUAUGAAGGGGUUUUCAGUGUGUCAGAUGCCUUCAUCUUUUUUAUUUGACCAUAACUGCUGUAUUAUAAGGCCUUUCAAUGAUGCUGUCUUGAUAUUUUUAUGUCCAAAAGUACUAACAUUCACUGAUAUAAGGAUCAUUUGCUCUUUCUUUGGUCCCAUUAACUCUGUAAAGUUUGUGCCCUUUCAUCUGUGCUGUAGCUCGUGUUAUGAUGUGCCUCAAUUGUCUUAAGUAACAAUUUUUUGUUGAGAAAAAUUCUAUAAGAAUCCACGAUGAGGUCAUGCAAUACUUGUGUAUUUUGUUUAUUUUUCUGUGAUUAUUUGACAUUGAUUAGACAACAUAUAAAUAAUACAAUAAUAACACAAUACUAUCAUAUGGAAAAAUGACCACUAAUUAUGUAUCAGGUCUGUUAAUUAUCAAGACAAAGUACACAAGAAUUGAAUGUAUGCAUGUCACAGUUAUAAAAUGCACAUUUCUUUAAUUCUUAUAGAUCUUUUUCAUAUGGGAACAUUUGUUGCCAGUUCAGAUAGAAUCUAUAUAAAUUGUGAAGUUGUCUUAUAAUUAAGAAAGUUCAUUUAAUGCUCAGCUGGAGAAUUAAACACUAAUUUUAUUCCUCCGUUUUCUUUUUAUGUGCACAUUCAGAUACAUGACCAGAAGUUAUGGAUUGGUCAUGUACGGAGUUGCAUUGGUUUUCUCUCAUGUCUUCCAUCUAUUCAAGUUAUUGUAGCAUGAGGGCAGAAGAGUUUUUAUUUUUCUAAAGAAACUACAUAAUUGUAUUGCCUGUAUACUGCUGAUAUUGUUUUGCACUAUUGGAUUCUAACAUAAUCGUUGAAUAGUUUCAGAACUGAUUUGGUAGUUUUACAUGUAGGAGGAAUUGUGUUCUCCAAAAAUGUAUUUUGACUUGAGUCCUGUCAUGCAUUUGUGUUGGAGUUGGUAGGCCAUGUUUUUGUUCUUUGGUACGAAUAAUAUUACACGUGGAAGGUCUGUUUCUAAAGUCCCAUCUCGGUUCUGACUUGCCUCUUGUCCUGUUGCCUUUCUUGAGCAGUAAUGUUGGAUAAAAUGUCCAACUUUGCUUUUUGUUCCGUCCUUCUGAGGUGUUUUUGUCUGACACACCAAACCUGAGUGCUUACGUAAAAUACACACUCACUUGCCAAUUCAUUAGGUGCACUAGUGAAAACUAAUGCAUCCUAAUAUAACAGUCCUGCCCUAAAUCUGAGCUUCAUGAAUGUUAUGCUAUUCAGUAUUUGUUUAAAAUAACUGAGAGAGCUGUUUAUUCAACUGUGUCUACAUUUUGGAGGCUGUGCUUUGUAGUACAGUUGAAUUUUAUACUGACACAUGUUUCUAUUAUUUUGACAGCCCAGUUUUAGUCAGUGGGCUAGGCUAAAUAACAAAAACAAUAGUUUUUAAUUCAAUCCAGUUUAACAUCAAGGCAAAUUACAUCCUCCAUAAUGAUCAUAAAGUUGAAUAAGCAUCUUUUUUACAUAGUGUUUUACACUUGUGUAGAUUGUCCGUGGUGGAGCAGUCAACACAACAGCUUGUCAUACUACAAGCAGAAGGCCCCUCCAUAUUUGUGGUUUGCCGGCUGAACUCGGUGCCUAUUGUUGAACCAAAUGUUUUAAAGAUGUAAAGACAUCGAGAAAAGUGAAGGAAUGUAAAAUGUAGGCUUUCGGUUUCUUCUUUUUUUUUUGUGAGUAGGGCCUAAUGCCAAUAUCUUUAGGAAUGUUUGCAUAGAAAUUGCUGGUAGGAUCUUUUGAAGUCAAACUCUCCAUUUUGACUAUGAAAGCACAAUAUCUAUAUUAUAAUGCCUUCCAUUCACCUGCUGUAAAAUGUUCAUUCAAACCACAUGUGGGUCCCUGAGUUUCCUGCUUGUAAAUCUGACUGAAUAAAUUGUUCCUCCUGAA